AUGUUUGCUUUCGUGUUCAGUAACCUGGCGUUACGAAGCUUGUUGCUCGCAUAUACUGUGCCAUGGGGCACUUCAAAUAUCUUAGGAUACUAUCGACUGGCUUUGUAUCUACUUACGAUUGCCGGUGUAGUCUUCCGCUCGGAGCUAGCAAUCUUGGUUGGAACAAUCACCAUCUAUCUGUUCGUCACACGAAGGAUAUCCAUCACAAGCGUCAUCAUCCCAGCUGGAAUUGGUGGCCUCGUCAUCGGUCUUCUCUGCACGGUACCUCUAGACUCUUUCUUCUGGCAAUCCUUCCCGCUAUGGCCCGAGUGGACGGGCUUCUACUACAACACUAUCCAAGGACACUCAGCUGAUUGGGGCGUGUCGCCAUGGCAUUACUACUUUGCAAAUGCACUACCGCGACUGCUGCUGAACCCAGCGACUUUUUUGAUUUGCAUUCCAGUUGCAGUCUUGAAUACGUCGACGUCUAGACGAAGCUUGGACCUGCUCGUUCCACUACUCAGUUUUGUGGCGCUAUACAGCUUCCUUCCGCACAAAGAAUGGCGCUUCAUUCUCUACGUGAUUCCGGGUCUAACCGCAGUAGCCGCAGACGGAGCAGCUUGGAUCUGGACUCGCAGAUCAAAGUCCGUCGUAUACGCCACUCUGAGCUUGGUCUUGCUAGGAUCAGUUCUAGCAUCGUUCGCUGCAUCUACUGCGAUCUUGGGUAUCUCUAGCCUCAACUAUCCCGGAGGCGAAGCUCUUCAUACCCUGCAUAAAGAGAUGGAGCAUCCGGAUAAGAACCACUUCAGCGUGUACUUCGAUAACCUUGCUUGCCAAACGGGUGUCACGCGUUUCCUUGAGAGCCACAGGGGACCACAAACCGUGCUUGAUGUUCUUGAAGCACAAGAUACUCUGAACAGCAGGACGUGGGCAUACGACAAGACUGAAGAUCCCAACGCCCUUCUUGACCCGAUGUUCUGGGUCAAGUUCGACUAUGUUCUUGCCGAGAGACCAGAGAAAGUGAUCGGUAGUUGGGAGGUGGUCCAUACUGUCUAUGGGUUUGGAGGGGUCAAACUUCUGAAGCCAGGAGAGGGGAGUGGCUCGCUGGUGGAGUAUCCGGAUAAGGUAAAAAAUAAGGUCAUAUCGCAAGACAAGUGGGCCUUGAAGGUUGCAGCGAUAUGGCAUGGAUUGGAAAGGCUACUGAGGAAUAACCUGUUGCGAGGUUACUGGGCUGAGAUACGGAUGGAGCCAAAGAUUAGGAUCUUGCAGAAUCAGAUCAAGUAG